UAGUUGAAAUGGUUGCACCCAGCAAGAUCUUUAAAUAUCCUUUGAAUCGUAUACACUGCUCCAAAAUAUUGCACAGCUUGCCACAUCAAAGCUGCACCGAGGCUUUCAUCUGGAAUUUGUAUCGCAAUCAUGUGUCGAGCGCUAAAUAUUAUUUGCCAAUUUUGUUGUUUCCAUUGGUGUUUAAUUGGCGCAAGCGCAGCAAAUCUCGCUUGUGGUGCACUGUAAAGAAUUAUGUGCAAGUUUGCAGUUUGGGAGCUCACAUAAAUGCGUUAACGUUCUAUCUGAUGUGCAUAUUUCGUCAUUUAAAUGGACGUUUUGUUAAAUGCUAUACGCCGUUUAUAUCCUGCUUUUUGGGAUCACAAAUCAUUUGGCUGGCACCCGGCAAAGUUCAGCUUUUCUAUGUGACGGGUAUAACACAUGCUGCCAUUGAGGGCGCAAUGCGUCAGCUGAAUCUGCGACUGGUGCAUUCAGGAGCUGCUCAAACGCUGGUGUUCAUGAUCUGCUCCUUGCUGGUGCUACAACAACAACAGUCCUUGGGCUACACUGGCUUUUGGUUUAUACGACCACGCCCAUUGACAAGUGACUACCAUAAAAUGCAGAAUAAGGCGCGACUCAAGCAGGCACUAAUGGAAUUAUUCAGUUAUUUACAAAUAGGUCUAGCUAUGGAUGCUUUGCAUGCAAUACUAACGCGAAGCCAAAUGCUGCGAAAAUUGCAAUUAAAAACAACUGGCUUUAUGCUAAGCUAUAUGGGCAUAUAUAAGCUCAUACAAUGCUUGUUGGCAAGCAGCUUGGGCAUUAAGCCUGCAACUUUACUUGCUGCAUUUUUGAGCGGUGCUGCCUUCGGUUUUCCCAAACGCAUGCCCUUAACCCUUAUGUCGCUCGCUGUGGUUAUUGCCAGUCAAGUUGUGUGGCAAAAGUUUUGCAGCUUAAACAUGAAUAGCAAUCGUAUAUUGACUUUGCUGCAGCGCAUACCCUGCUCACAGCUUUUAGUGCCCUUCAAUCUGGCCUAUCUGGUGCACAUUCUAUUAUUUCAACAUCAUGUACUAAAUGGACUAGCAAAUGGUUUUAUAAAUGGCACCUGCGAUAAAAACGCGCAACGUGUUUACGAAUUUAUAUUGCAGCCAGUUGAGACUAUUUUGAGCACAGCUAGUAAAAUUCCUGAUACACCAUUUUUGUUCUAAAAGUGUGCUUAAAUAAAUGUUCAUUUAAAUUUUA